CGAGCCAAAAUCAACACCACCUAGCCCAACGCACCAUGCUGAGUUGGAAAUUGCCCAGGCAACUCGGUAUUAAUCAAGUGCCUAAAGUGUUUCGAGAACAGGGCAUCCUGUUUGGGUAUCGCCAUCCAAGAAGCUCUGCAGCAGACUGUCUCCUCAGUGUCUUCCAGAUGACAAAUGAAACACUAAAUAUAUGGACACAUUUUUUGCCUGCCUGGUACUUCCUAUGGAAGUUGUUUGCUUUGGCCUAUUCGCUGGAUAUCUGGAAUGACAUGUAUGCCUGGCCCUUUCUUGCCUACAUGCUCACGUGCUGUAUUUAUCCGUUCACAUCCAGCUGUGCCCACACGUUCAGUACGAUGUCCACCCAGGCGAGACAUAUUUGUUAUUUCUUUGAUUAUGGUGCCCUUAGUAUGUACAGCUUAGGUAAGAGUCUCCAAACAUUGUCUUGUGUUUUUCAGUUAAUUCAUGCUUUGCACUUAAAUUGCACCUUCCAUUCAAGGAUCUCAAAUCACUUAAUGAACAUUAAUGAAACUUUGCACCAACUAAGUAUAAAGUGCAUCUCAACAAUUUUCUUUGUCGUGCUAACAAAUUCCAGCAUAUAUUUCUCCACCCAAACGUACCCUUUCCUUCUCAUUUACCAUAUGAUUGUAACCAACAGGCUUGGUGCUCCAUACCUCCAUUAUAACCGUGAUAUCAUAGAAAGGUUCCCUGAGAUACAGCAGCCCCGGCUCAGUAAAUCUCUUCGCACGCUGGCUUUUGCAUAUCCGUACCUGUUCGACAGCACCCCUCUCUUCUACAGGCUAUAUCUGUGUACUGGGGAGAGCUGCAUGGAAAGCGUAAUCCCAGUCCACUACAGGCACUGUGUGUUUGCCUUCCUCACUUGUUUCAUUUUUGCUGCACAUCUGCCUGAGAGACUUGCACCGGGAUGCUUUGACUAUAUUGGGCACAGCCACCAGCUUUUCCAUAUAUGUGGGAUCAUUGGCACACACUUCCAAAUGGAGGCCAUCUUUAUAGACAUGAAUGCUCGCCGAGACUGGCUCUUAGCUUCCUCACCACUUCUCUCUCAUUCUCAAACAGUUGGUUCAGUUGGUAUCUCCAUUAUCAUUAGUCUAACUAUCAUUGGGGCUUUCUCACUGGCUCUCUAUUCAACACCAAUGUCCUCUAGGAAAGAAAAACUACAUAGGCAUUAAACUUUAAGUAGAGAUUGAUUUUUAGUUACAUUGCUGCAAAUGAGAAAUACCAAGUAACAUUAGCACUGGAUCAAUGAAGGUGAUGAGAUUUUUUGAUUGUUUUUCUUGGGAAAGACGCUCACUCAAGGGGUUUUCAAGAGUGAACCAUUUUAUAUUGCACUGCUUUUUGUACAUAUGACUUUAAAGUUGGAGACCAGAUUGUGAAAUGGUUUUAAAUCGGGAAAAGUUGAUAUUUUAGCAUGAAAUUAUUUAGAAAAAAAUCAAAACACUGUAAAAGGGAGAAGUGUCAUAUUUUGCAAGCCAGUAUUUGAAGGGCAGAUUUAAUCCAAAUGAUAAAACUCACUGUGAUACCAUCUUCUAAGUCAAUGGCCAUUUAUCUGUAUUGAUUUCAAUUGACUGCUUUAGGGAGGAACCAGGAAACUUGAUUUUGAUUAUAACAUGAUGGUACAUUGUGCUUAUGUCAGUUCAUAGGCAUAAGUGUCUAUAUUUUAUAUAUUUAAUAAGUAGGGCAACAUCUUGAGCCUAUUGAAGUAAAUGGCACUUUUUUACAACAGACUUCAGUAAGAGCCAGGAUUUCACUGUAGAAUCCUAGUUGAAAUGUCCCUAGGAUUGGGCCUUUCAGUUCUUCCCUCUGGAGAUUAUUCCAGUCUGAGUUCACUGUUAGUAUGUUUUUCUGACAUUCAGUCUAAAUUUCCUUGGCCUGAUCAGUCAGUGGGUGUUUUCCAUUGAGUACAAUGAGCUGUAAUUCGGGCCCUUACAUCAGUCUUAUAUUGGGGUAGUUCCACUGACUUCCACAUUACUCCUGAUUUACAGUAAUGUGAAUGAGAGGAGAAUCAAGCCUCCAUUGCUCCUAAUUAAACCUCCCCCCAAUAUGCACCUGCUGUAGCAGAUACCUCAUUGAAAAACUAUCACUGAGAAGCCAUCAAAAUUGCAACCUGGGGUCAUAAAUUUUGGCUUGGAAGCAGGUGGCAUCCUGCGAUUGGACCGACUUGCACUCAGCUGGUGACCAGAGAGGUACUAGGCCAGGUUGUAAUGUCCGUUAGAGUAUUUUCACUAUUGUUUUUUAUACACAGGAGUGGUACUACUAUGUCUCAGGCUUUGAGGUUAUUUGUGACUUGAUUGCAUAUUGGAUUAUCUAAUACCUUGGAACAUAUUUUUAUUAGGUACAUAAACAUGUAAUGCAGAAAAUUACAAUGAGAUUAUCAAGCUUCCUGAUAAUUGUAUGGGUUUAUUAUAUGUUUUGUAAAUAGUAGCCUCCAUCGAGGUGUAAUAGAUGCACUUUGGGUUGACAGUACAACAAAAUCUUUAAAUAUAUUCUGGGAAAAACACAACUUGGAAAUGAUCUUACUUUCUUCUGAGAGCUGAUCAUGAUUUCUAUUAACAUUUAUUAGCACUGAAACAUAAUGAUCUUAUCCAACAUUUUAUUUAAUUAAAAAAAUCAUAACCAUGACAAGAAAAGUGCUAAUAUGUGCUGUUGAUCUGUUUAUCUUGUCUUUUAGUAUAACUGGGAAAGAGUCGGGUUUUGUUUGCAAGAAGUGAUUUAAGAUUCUACAGCAUUAAUUAAUUAACCAGUACAACUUCUUUCUCAGUUGGUAGUCUAACUUUUCAGAUUCAAUAAGUCCUAUUUUCUGUGACUAUUACACACCCACAAUUAGGUAACUUCAAAUAUGCAGCGGUUCAUAGGAGAACUACCUGUAAAACUGGUUUCUGUUCAACAUGGUAGCUGCUCCUUCAUCCUUCUAGACCCUACAGUAGUGUCACAUGGGGAUCUGGUCUGACACUUACACAUUUUAAUAGAGCAAAUCAGACAUUUUCUGAUCUUGGCACAGCAUAUGGAAAGAGAAGCCAGAUUCAUUAUAGUGUGUGAGAUACACAUUCAAAACUAUGCAAUAAAUUAAGCUAUACAAAUGUAAAGAAAUAAAGUCUAUUUAU